AUGCGGCUUGGUCUUUUCCAGCCCCAUUGUCCAGGCAUCAUGAGUAGCUGUGUCGCUAGUGCUAUAGGCCUCGUGGCUCUUAGAUUACCCAAAGCGUGCUGUGCAGCGAGAGGCGAGACAGAUCUGCGACACCACCGCGACGCACUUCAACCCUCUUCCAACGGUUCGAGCAUCACCCCAACCCCACACCCACGCGCAACCGCGGGCGGAUCUCCAAAAUCUCGCCAUUUUCCCACCCAAGUUUCCUUACUCGUACUGGAUUGCCCGGUCCAGGGGGUUGGUGUUUCGCCCGGCAUGCGACCGGGGCACAAACCCUUCAGAAUCAACAAUUUCAUGCGUGGAUUUAAGGAAUACACUUCCCCAGGCAGACAGCUUUUCUCCUUACAUCAAGACAUCUGCCUCAUAAUACUGGUGCUCCACUUUCUCUUUCUCUUUUCCUCAUCUGCUUCUUACUGUCCGAGCCGGCCCUCGUAGUGCCCUUUCGAUCCUUCACCCUUUCAUCGUACAUUCUAGUGCUUGCAGUGCAGGCUUACGUUCACUUUUCA